AUGACUAAGUGUUCUAAACAAUUCCUUUCGAAUGCGGGUGGUAACACUGCUAUCUAUAGACCGGAUUUGGUUCGCCAUUCUUACUUUCCCGUCGUAGACGAAACGAUAAGCGAGUCUUUUCUUUCUGUCAUAUACGUUUCCAUCUUAUUUUCAUUUUCAUCUAUCUAUCUAUCUAUCUAUCUAUCUAUCUAUCUAUCUAUCUAUCUGUAUGCAUAUUUCUGGCUUCUAAUCUAUCUAUCUAUCUAUCUAUCUAUCUAUCUAUCUAUCUGCAUACUUCUUCUCUCUGUCUGCAUAUUUCUGUCUGCUAAUCUAUCUAUCUAUCUAUCUGCAUAUUUCUGUCUGCUAAACUAUCUAUCUAUCUAUCUAUCUAUCUAUCUCUUUUUUGUUCCAUUUCUUUCUGUUAUUGUUAUUUUGACUCUUUUCCUUUCAUCUUUUAUAAUUAUUUUGUCUUUGCCUUUCUUCUUUCAUUCUUUCCUUUUUCCUCUUCCUUAA